AAGACAUGGAACUCCAUGCAAGAACUGAGCAGGGACAUCUACGACAUUUAUGCCGAAUAUGAGGAAGAAGAGGAUGAAGGUGGUCUGUACAGUUUCUCAAGGCAGAUCUCACCCUCCAAGAAGAACUACAUGAUCAACAUUAAUGUAGGUGGGAAGCCUUACCAGAUAGCCUACAAGAUGGCAGCAAAGUACCCCAAGACCAGGAUAGGACGACUGGCAACUUACACAGACCACAACAUGAAGCUGGACUUGUGUGAUGACUACAUAGUUACUAGAAAUGAAUAUUUCUUUGACAGGGACCCAGAAGUCUUCCACUGCAUCUUCAACUUCUACAGGACGGGAGUGUUGUGGAUCAAGGAUGAGCUGUGUCCCCGUAACUUCCUGGAGGAGAUCAACUACUGGGGUGUGAGGAUCAAGAACACUCACCGCUGCUGCCGCAUCUCCUUUGAGGAGAGGCAGGAUGAGCUGAACGAGCAGCUGAAGAUCCAGAGGGAGCUGGAAGCUGAGGUGGAGAUCGAAGAGAAUGAGGAGCUUUUCCAUGACAUGUUCAUGGGCCAGGCACGUCGAGCUAUCUGGAACUUGAUGGAGAAGCCUUUUUCUUCUGUAAAGGCCAAACUGAUGGCUGUUGCUUCCAGUCUCUUUGUCCUGAUCUCUCUCGUGGCCAUGACACUCAACACAGUGGAGGAAAUGCAAUACAGAACCCACACAGGUCAUCUCAGUGGCAAAACCUACUGUGAAUAUGUGGAGUCCAUGUGCAUUGCCUUCUUCACCAUGGAGUACCUGCUGCGUCUGAUAUCCACACCUGACCUCAAAUCCUUCAGCAGGAGUGUACUCAACACUGUGGAUUUGAUCGCCAUCCUGCCUCAGUACCUGCAGGGCAUCCUGGAGUUCUUUGACAAUGAGGAAAACUACAUGAAGCACGAAGCUGACAUUCAGGCGGUGGGGCAGGUGGGAAAGCUGGGCCAAGUACUGAGGAUCAUGAGACUGAUGCGAAUCUUUCGUAUCUUGAAGCUGGCACGUCACUCCACAGGUCUCAGGGCGUUUGGCUUCACCCUGCGUCAGUGCUACCAACAAGUGGGCUGCCUCUUCCUCUUCAUCGCUAUGGGCAUCUUCAGCUUCUCUGCCAUGGUUUAUACCGUGGAGCAUGACAUGCCACAGACAAACUUCACCAGCAUACCUCAUGCGUGGUGGUGGGCAGCUGUCAGCAUCUCCACUGUGGGCUACGGAGACGUGUACCCAGAGACCAUGCUGGGUCGGAUCUUUGCUUUCAUCUGCAUUGCUUUUGGAAUCAUUCUCAACGGUCUGCCCAUUUCCAUCCUCUUCAAUAAGUUCUCUGAUUAUUACUCUAAACUCAAGUCCAAUCAGUACACAGCCUCCCUGAAGAAACGGGGGAAGGUGAGAUUUGCCAAGAGGACAGUGACUAAACUUGGACACACUUUUGGGAACAACCACUGAUUUUUUUUUCCUUUAUAUUAAAACACUUUACUGUAAAUAUGCAUAAAAUGUGUGUGAAUUGUGCAUCCAGACUGAAUAGGGACAAGAAAGGGUUCAGUAAAAUAAAUUAAAUAUGGAGAGAACAAGGGG